AUGGUGAGCGUGCCAGGAAGCAACUUGCAGCAAUCGCUGAAGGAAGCCCUCAAGAGACGGGAAACAAAGGGAACGCUUCGUUCGCUCAAAGUUGUACCUGCUGGGGCCGUUGACUUUUCCUCCAACGACUUCCUCUCUCUCUCCACCGACCCAACGUUUCGACAUCGGUUCCUGAGAAACCUCGCAACAGCUUCAAGCUCGCUUCCUCUGGCGAGCACCGGAUCACGGCUGCUGGACGGUAAUUCCCUGUACGCAGAACAGCUCGAGCAGCAGGUUUCCAGUUUCCACAAUGCGCCCAGCGGCCUAAUUUUCAACUCAGGCUUCGAUGCAAAUUCAGGGGUGUUUGCCUGUAUCCCCCAGCCAGGGGACGUGAUCAUCUACGACGAGCUGAUUCAUGCAAGCGUGCAUGAUGGCAUGCGACUAUCCCGUGCCAGGAAACUGGCGGCGUUCAUACAUAAUUCGAUCGAGGAUUUUGUACGGGUACUCGAAGCUCUGCUCAUGGAUGAUCCUCUCCUGCUGGCCGGCCGACGGAAUGUGUUUGUCGCUCUGGAGUCGAUAUAUAGCAUGGAUGGAGACUUUGCGCCGAUACGAGAGAUCCUUGACAUUCUGGAGAAGAAGCUCCCGCACGGUAACGGGCACGUUAUGGUAGAUGAAGCUCAUGCAACCGGAGUGUUUGGCACGCAUGGAGCAGGUGUCGUGCAGCAGCUCGGCGUUGAAGAUCGCGUCCUGAUUCGACUGCAUACAUUUGGCAAGGCUUUGGCCAGUAAUGGAGCUAUCAUCCUUUGCUCUCCACUUGUCAGAGAAUAUCUGAUAAACUAUGCUAGACCUCUCAUCUUCACUAGCGCAUUGGGUAUGCCAUCCCUUACUGCCGUCCGCACCGCAUAUGAGUUGAUGGAAGAAGGGCACACUCGAAAGCUCCAACUACAUCUUCAAGACCUCAUCCAAUUCUUCCAUGAAAAACUCAUGCAGCUUUCCCCAUCUGAUACCUCGAUACUCGAGGCCAAACACUCUCCUACAUCGCCUAUCUUCUCACUUCAAACCAAGUAUCCUCGAGAGUUAUCCAAGGCAUGCCAGGACGCAGGCCUGAUGGUUCGGGCAAUCAUGCCACCCACGGUGAAAGUGGGAACAGAGAGAGUACGGGUUUGUUUACAUGCCGGGAAUGAUAUGGAUCAGACUGGAGGCAGCGAAAUUAUGAGGCUGGACGAGGAGGAAAGGCUGCCUCCAGACAUGUAA